AUGGGGAACAGCGCCAGCGCCGACGACAAGCCCAAACGCAUCGCUACCAAGGAUCUCUGUUGCCACACUUACGUCCACACCUACAAAGAGGGCGAUGCCGAGCUACCUGAAGAUCCUGACUUCCCCAAGCGUCUUCUGGACCAGACGCGGUCAUUCGAUUUCUCUAACCAAGUCAAGGGUGGAAAUGGUACCUAUAUUUUCUAUCCGAAUAAGGACAAACCCAAAAUGUGGGUCGGCCAGUACAAGUGCCUGAACCCUGGAGACCUCUUGUGCAACCAAGGUUGCCCGUUGGAUCCAGUUGAGGCUGCUGAAUGUGGCAACGCUACAGCAGAAUGCGUCGAUCCUUCAGGUCUUGGUCUGAUGCAGUGCUGCAUGCCUGAUUCAAAUGCAUACUCUGAGCCCCUAGUUACAGAGCUGCCAGGCGGCACAGCCUACGCAACUGCACCUUCAAUGACGGAAGAACAGCAGCGCUUCGAGCAAGCUCAGGUGAAUAGAAUGGCUCAGCAAGCGUACGCCGUGGCCACGGGCAAUGUAUAUGCUCACAGCAACUUUGAGCAGCGCCUUGCCUUUUCCCAAAAUCUUCAAAGGAGCAAUCUACCUUGCACGCCUGUUAUGACUCGGACAUACCAGGGUUCCUCGCCUCCGAAUAACGUUCCUUACCAAUUUAGUUAA